CACACACUCACACACAGUACAUCAGCAGCAGCAGCAGCAGCAGCAGCAGCGUGGUGCCCGGCUGGAGCCGACAACAGCCCGCAGCAGCAGCGCAGUCGCCCGGGUCACUAACCUGUCGCUUGGGCCGGAGAUACGUGGAGACACACGGAUAUAUCGGAGCCACGGCAGCAGCUCCCCUUACAGCUGCGUUGUGUAUCGAUCUAUUUAUUUAUUUUUGGUCUUGGAUUUUGUGUGUGUGUGUGUGUGUGUGUGUGUGUGGGGACCGUUCUGUGUUGCCAGGGAAGAGAAAGUACCCGCAGCCAUGAGAUUUCAUCCCGUAUCAGCCAGAUCCUUCCACAGCCACUCCUGACCAAGUCAGAUUUAGUAAACCAAAGAUGUCAGCGUGCAGCGACUUUGCAGAACACGUGUGGAAACCCGGCUCUUGUAAGAACUGCUUCCACCCGCUUAGCGCACACAAGACUGGCCUGGGUGGCAGCGUGCCAGGUGUUUGUUUGAAGAGCAGCCUGGGAGGCGAUGAAGAAGCUGGAGUAACAACACCUUCACCAUACAGCAAGCCAACCAUCGCUGUCAAACCCACUAUGAUGAGCCUUGACACCAACGAGUCGACUGAUGUUAACAUGAACAUAGAGCAGGAGAGCACAAAGAGCCCAGUUGCGCGUUUGGGCCUGAAGAAGCUCUUGGACCUGUCGUCUCUUUAUAUUGACAGUAAUGGCUGCAACAAGGCCCACAGAGACGCGGUUCAGAGUCCUGAAUCCAAGAUGGACUACAACAACUCCUUUUCUUUUGCCCCCUUGUCCCCCAAUAUCCUGCCCAAAGACUCCAUGAUCGUUGGCAAUAUCUUUGUAACCCAGGAGGAGGGUAGAGGUUCCCAGAGUUUAAAGAAUCAUGCCAAUGGAGAUAACCGAAGGCAGCAGAGUAGUACGACUGCUAUAAGAACCAAGAGCACUUACAACGGAAGUAGUUUGACCCAUCAGGCAUCUGUGGAGAUGCGUUCGUCAGUGGAUAUUGUCCCUUCCAGUCUUCCCAAAGUUCACAGCAAUGGUACGAGCAGUGGGAGUACUGCUACUGUCACCACUAAGACUUCCAGCACUUGUACCACUUUUCCCAAAAUGACAUUUAGUGUGGACACCACUAGACACAGUCCCCCUCCAGCCCUCCACUCUGUUCCCAUCCUGUCUAAACAGACCAGCCUAUCGGACUCCUCUUGUUCUUAUCGUAGUAGUACAGAUUCACUUCCUGGGGCAGAGGGAUCGGGAGGAAGACAGGUCAGGUCAAGAAGCCCUGAAAGUCCACCAGCUGUGGGUAGCCCACAGUCACCUCCUAACUCUCCUAAUGGACAGCCAGACUCAGAACCCAUUUAUGCAGAGAGCACCAAGAAAAAGCGCAGGCCGCAAGGAAAUAGAGUACAAUCCCAAAUCCAGAGUAAGAACAUGUCCUGCUCUGAGCCUGAGCUUUCAGGAGAGAGUCAAUGGGCCACCAUUACUGUAAUGGCUGCUCACACAGAGGAGAACAACAGGACUUUUUACCUGAGCAGCCCAGAUUCAGCGGUGAGCACCCAGUGCCAUUUUAGCCCCACGGCACGUAAAGAGCCCAGCAGCCCAACCUUCCGCUGGCCCAGUCCCAGCCACAGCGCACCCUCCCUGGCCACAGAGGCCAGCCUCACCCCCACUCUCCACCCCAAGCCUCAGUCUAGUCCACCAAUUCCACCAAAGAGGACCAACCGCUCCCCCAAACUGGGGACCUCUAGCCUUUCAUCGUCCAUGUCUUCUCCAGUCCCUCUUCCUGAUCUCCCCAAACUAGGCACCUCCAGCCUCUCACCGUCCAUCUCAUCUCCCGUCCCUCUCCCUGAGCUCCCUAUGCUUUUCCUUGUCUCUGCUAGAGAAGGCCACUUCAAGGUCCACACAGAGCAGCACAGUGCAGCAACCGAACGCUGGCACAAGCCCCACCACCACAAUUCUGGCUGGAACGGUUGCAUUGAGGAAGAAGAGGAGGAGGAGGAAAGAGAGAGGAAGGAGGGUGAGAAGAAGAAGCUGGCCGGCAAACCGAGAACAACCACUCGGGUGACGGGCCUGGUCAAUGGUGCCGCUGUCUGGAAGGAGGCCAGGGACUGGAAGGCCCACAGCAGCCCCCCUCCGAUGACAGAGCCAGGCACGGCCCCCCCGGCUCCCCCCAACAAUGGUGCCUGUCAGGGGGAGACUGAAGGCACCGGUGCAGAGGAGGAGGGCAAGCAUAACGGGAGCAUGCCAGCCAAGCAACCGUUGCAUGGCAGCUCAUCAGAGCUGCUGGCAGCAGGGAAGGGAACUGCCAAUAAUGAGCCCAAUCCACCACCUCCCCCACCGAAGAAACUGCACAGAGUGUCCAGUAAGCUGAGUGGCAGCAACAUGGAGCUGGACCGCUGCAGCCAACAAGGGUCAGCAGAGAGUACUGCUUCAUCUCCAUGGGGCCUGGGCAGCGCCAGCCUACCCGCCGCCUCCACUGACAACCUGGCUGCUGACUCUGAUUGUCGGGAUGCCACGCGGAGGUCUUGUUCCUCUCCGUUUGCCAGAAGUCCAGCCGCCUCAGCUCCAGGAUCUCCUCACCCACCUUGCCCCAACAGCUCGAGUAGCCUGCCGCCGCCACUCCCAGAGAAAAAAAUGGUCAACCGCACCGUUUCGGCUCCCGACAGCACGAAUGGAAAACCCUUCGUCCGAGCCUACCCACGCCUCCCGUUCACCGGCUCAGAGAGCAACGUGUGUCGGCCGGCCGACGUCGGCUCCCGUUCCAGUUUGUCGCCCAGCCCCGUUGACCCGCGGCCCAUUUUCUCCUCCAACGAGUCCCUGGAGCGCUGUCAUGCCCCGCUGGGCCGACCCUCAAGGUCCCGGACACUGGACGAGCCGCUGAAGGUUCAAGGGCGCCUGGGCGUCAACUGUCGGAGCAGCAUCACCUGCUCCUCCUCGCCCCAGCUCAGCGCGCCCUUCUCCGCCUCGGAACAGGGUCCGGCACCGAAUUUGGGCUCCAGCCUGCAGCUCCAGACCCUCCUGAGUAACAUGGACAGCAGAGAGGGAGUGUACUCCAAACUGGGAGGCCUGUAUGCAGAGUCUCUCCGGCGCUUGGCUCUAAAGUGUGAGGACCACUUCACCCGCUCCCAGAAGAACCCGCUGAGGUUCGAGGAGAGCAACUGGUCUCUGUUCAGACUCACGUCCAGCAAGCCAAGCUGCAACGCAGGAGACGCCGUGUACUACUCCGCUGCCUGUGCCUCCGACCCCAGCCACUCCUACGCCGUAAAGAUCUGUAAGAGUCCCUCCGCGGAGGCCAAACAGGGCCAUCUCUAUGGUCUGUCGGUGCAGCAGACCAUGCCAACGCACUUCAACCUGCAGCAGGACUGCGGACACUUCAUCGCCUGCGUCCCCCAGAGCAUGCUGCCUUCUGAGGAAGUAUCGCCGCGCACCAGGCCGGCUCCGCCGCUGCCUCAGCCCUCCGCACCUGCACCGGGCCAGAAGGUAGACCGAGAGCGAGUGGUGGUCAUCACCCCUGAGAUCCCCCAGCAGACGGCAGCUGAAUUCGCUCGGGAGUGGGAGGCAUUCCAUAAAAGUCAGCCGGAGGUCUACGAGCGCCGCGUUUGCUUCCUCCUCCUGCAGCUCUGCAGCGGCCUGGAGCACCUAAAGGAGCACGGCGUCACGCACCGCGACCUCUGCCUCGAAAACUUGCUGCUGGUGCCUCAUCACCGCAGGCAGUCCCAGUUCCCCCAACACACCCACAAUGACAACAACACCACUAAUGGUUCAAGUGGUGCCGACAAUCAGCGCCACCUUCCCCGGCUCCUCAUCAGCAACUUUGCCAAGGCCAAACGGCGCUCCCCCGAGGACGCCGCCUCCACCAGCGUGGACCCCCGCACCAAACGCGACCACGCCAGACUGGCCCCCGAGAUCGUCUCGGCGGCCCAGUACCGCAAGUUUGACGAGUUCCAGACAGGCAUCUUGAUUUAUGAGCUGCUCCACCAACCCAACCCAUUCGAAGUGAGUCCAGCACUUAAGGAACAAGACUACCGCUGCGAGGAGCUGCCCCCCAUCCCGACCGUCUCUCUUUACUCAGCUGGCCUCCAGCGGCUGGCCCAGCUGCUGCUCCAGCCCGACCCCAUCAAACGAAUCCAUAUUCAGGAGGCCAAGCGCAUACUGCAGAGCCUGCUCUGGGGCCCCAGGAAGGACCUGAUGGAGCAGCAGCUGGAGCGACACGGGCAGGGCGGAGGCUUCGUCGACGGUUCCCGACACGAGGGCCUCCUCAACUGGCUGGACGUGAAACGAGCCCUGCUGAUGAUGAAGUUCGCCGAGCGCUCACUGGAGCCUGAGAGGAACGCGGAGCUGGAGGACUGGCUGUGCUGUCAGUACUUCUCCUCGGCUCACCCUCUGUCCCUCUGCCACACCGCCGAGCUGCUCUACUUGCUGAAGUAACGGCUGCAGGGUUAAAAGCGCGUACGUGUGAAUGUUUGUUUCGAGAAAGACCAAUGAUGCUAAAGUUACUGUCUCGACGCUAUGUGGAUGGGUCCGGACAGCGUGAUCCUUUGUGCUACUGCUACAUACAUGAGAGGCCAUGCAUCAAACUUGCCGUCCACUCGGAACUUUGAGAAAACAGAAUCCCUCCACAGACUGUCCACUCCACGAUGUCUGACCUGAAGACGGCCGUACAUUCAAAGACGUACAGACGAAAUAGCUGAAACAUCACACGUGCAGACUAGAAUCACUUUGUGGCAGCGAUGUUGAUGAAUACAACAGUAGAAAAAGGAAGAACGUGGACAGUAUUCAUAAUUCUGUAAUACACUUACCAAAGUUUCAUGUUUGACACUGUAUUUUGUGUAUUUAUUAAAUAUCAAUUGAAACAUUUUACCACUUUCAAAAAAGGCUAAAGAUUCAUUUCAUAACCUUAUUCUCUGUAAGCUUUGCAAAGUUACGCUGUGUCCCGUCUAAAUGUGCAGCUAAUUUUUCUAUUUGCCGGAUGUAUCUUGAUCAAAAAUAUGAGGUUGUUAACGGACGUAAAGUGUUCCACAACAAGUGAAUGCCUGUUCCUCACUGGAUACUAUCACGGCAAUCUUACAUAAGUGUGUGUGUUACCUCAGGCCUCGUUAGACAGCACUGCAAAAUAAAUGGACUCAGUAUAAAUUAUUGAUAAUCCAUACUGUACAACACGACCCGGUAUGAAUUGAAUUGCCACAGCCAUUUCCAACGCAAGCGUUUGCUUCCACCGAACGGAUGAGGACAGGUUCCAUAGGCUUACUUUUAGCAUAUAUUUAAAUGUUUUGACAUUUGUCACAGUGCCUUUUUAAUUUUUGUUUGUAUGUGUUACAGUGACUUGAACGCCAAAUGUAAAUAUUACUGAUCGUUGUCUUUGGUGAAACUGGCCUUUCACAGAAAGCUCGAGAAACAACUUUGUACUGUUCUUUGUAGAUGAUGAAAAAGAAAAUGAGCCCAAGCAGGUCUUAAAAAGCCAUGAAUAUGAGCAGCAGUUUAAAAAAAUAUAUAUUUAUGAUAUGAUUUGUUAUCCUGUAGUAGUCACUGGAAUUUCUGUUUAUUUUCAUAUGUGGAUUAUGGAGUUAUUCUUUUUUGGGGGCGCACCAUCAGUUGGUCCUGUUUUGUUUUUCCAUCUAUGUCCCGUGUCGGCUGCAGAGAAAGUUUCAAGUUAUUGGCUGAGAUUUUUUUUCCCUGGAAGUGCAGAGUGAAGAAUUGAGUCGGUCUUUGUCCACGACUGCUCAUGUUGAAGAGGAAAAAGAAAAACGUGGUCUGAUCUCACAACUAAUACAUUAGUGAUUUGAUUGAUUUUGUGUGUGUGCCUCACUUCUUUGCAUCUAUCAAUAAACUGUGCAUAUAUUUUUCUCACAGCA